AUGGGCUUUAAGCCCCGCCCUGUUUCCUAUAUAAGCUCCUGCGAUAACGGCGGUCAGAUGACUUCUCCUGCAGCGUCUCAGAGGCACAGCAGCCCGUCAUCUCCCACAUCGGCGGGAAUGAACGUCACGGCCCUGGGGGGGGGUGUGAGCAGAGCUAACUUUUUUACCGAUCUUGGGAAGAAUGUGAUUGUUGUCAUUCUGGGAAUCUCCAUCAACUCUGUCAACGCUGUGAUGGUCCACACGUUUACCAGGCAUCACGUCCUGAGGUCAAACCCGCGGUACGUCCUGUUCUUCCACUUGGUGCUGAACGACAUGAUCCAGCUGACCAUCAGCAUCUCUCUCUACAUCUUUGCCUUUGCCUUGGGAACCAUCCAUGUCUUCAUCUGUCUGCUCCUCAUCCUCCCUGCCAUCAUCAGCACCAUCAACACGCCUCUGAAUCUGGGUGUCAUGGCAACAGAAUGCUUCCUGUCCGUCUGCUUUCCGCUGCGCUACAAUAACAUCUGUACGGUGAAGAGAACCUGCAUCCUUAUCGGCUUCAUCUGGGCAGUGAGCUCCCUGUCUGUGCUGCCCGACGUCUUCAUCCUUUUAGCCACGGAGCAGCAGCACUUCUUCCUCUCCAGAGUCUUCUGCGACAGAGAUAAUGUGUUUCCCAGCAGCUACAGUAAAGAGAAGACUAAUGCUAUCUUUCUAGUUUUUCUUGUGUUGGUUUGGUUCACACUGUUCUACACGUACUUCAGAGUUCUGCUGACGGCUAAAGCAGCAAACGCAGACGCCACCAAGGCCAGGAGCACCAUCCUGCUGCACGCCUUCCAGGUGCUGCUGUGCACCAUGACAUUUCUGCAGCCGCUGUUGAUGCAGCUGCUGAGAUAUCUGUUCCCUCAGGGGGUGGCAUCCGUGCAUUUCACCAUCUUUGUCAUCAUCCAGAUCUUCCCUCGGUUUUUAAGCCCCAUUAUCUACGGCUUACGGGACAAAACCUUCAGAAAGUACCUGAGCAGGUACUGUCUCUGCGUUCAGAUCCCUGCCAGCCGAAAGUAA